CACCAUUCUUGAAAGUUUAUGCCUAUAUCUAUAAUUAACUUUCUAAUCUUUGCAAAGUUGUAAAGAGCCUAAUAAUCAUUUAGAAAUUCAUUACCAUUACGCAAAGACUUUUUGUUAGUGAACCACGUGGUUUAUUUUUCAAUUUAUUUCGCAGAAAUGGCAAAGGCAGGGUUGAAAGAUAAGCUAACAGCAGGCUCUCUUUAUGGUGGAGUUAUUUCACAUAUAAAUAGUCUUUCCUCAUUUUUUGUACAAGUAAGGUUUUUGCAUAGCAUGUGUUGUAUCCGUAUAUUGUAAAAUUGUAAAAUGGCGCCAUUAAAAAAAAUAUAUAGUAUAUUAUGUUUGACUUUUAGCUUUAAGUAAGCUUUUAAUGUGAUUUUCCAAGUGAGCAACUAAUAUUCUUGAAGGUUUAAAUAACAAAUAAUUUUGUCGUUGGAAAUAAUCAAUUGACCCAAGACCAUUUAAUAAUUUCUAAAUCCUUCAGAUUAGUCCGUUCGAGGAAUUCGAACGACAGCAAUUAGAGAUUCAAGCUUAUGCUACGGAGGCCAGAUUAGAUUAUCAAUUUAAGCCAAGGAAAGGGCAACUAAUUUUAUGUUACUAUGAAGAUUGUUGGCAUAGAGGACUUGUUGAAGAAUUGAUGGAUAGUUACUUCAGGAUUUACUUUGUUGACUUUGGAAAUACUUCGCUUUUAAGUUUUCAAGAUAUACUUGAAUUACCACAAAAAUUUACAGAGCUUUCUUUUAAAGCUUUUCAUUGUUCUUUGCCACUAAAGGGCAAGUUAAGAAAGGAUAGUUUAGAAGUUAUUGAAGAGUUUUUUCUACUAACCGAAGAUAAAGACCUAGAUAUUCAAGUGAAAGACAUUCAGAACAACUGUCACAUUGUUGACUUGUUGCACAAUGACGUCUCCGUUUGUCAAGAAUUAUCAAAGACUUUCGGUUUACAGUUUUUCAACAACUCCUGGUCAGAAAAAGUUCGCUUUAAACAGGAUGCGAAGCAUAUAUUCAAUAUUCAAAAGUUAAGAGAAGAGAGAGGAGAACUUCCUAUCGAGGAUCCCGUUGUCUGGUACUGUGGACAUAAUAGAAAAGUUGUUUUAACAGCUUACAAUGAUCAAGACUUGUGGUGCAUUGAGGAAAAAGAUCUAGGUCCAAAACAAAAGUUAUGUAAGAAAAUAGCCACUUACUAUUCCCAGAUAAGACCUGAAAAUGUUUCAAUUCAAGAAGGUGCAGUUUACGCUGUAUGCGCAGACGAAACAUGGUUUCGAGCAAUCGUUCUGAACAUAACUACUGGUAUGGAUGUUGUUGUUCAAUCAAUUGACUCAGGAGAAGUAUACAAUGUUCCUAAGACGAAAUUUAAAAUUCUUGAAGAACGAUUUAAAUCUCGGGCUCGCUUUGCUAGAAUAGUUCGUUUAUACAAUCGAGGUGUUAUACAAAAUAGUAAUAUAGUUGACCAUAUACUCAAGAAACUUAUUUCGACGGAAACUCGGUUGUAUCUUAGAGUAAUGGACUGUAAAGAGCGUGUUCCAUACGUUGUCUUAACUGUUAAAGGUUUAGACAUUGUGGAAGAUAUUCUUGCUGCUCCUCAGGCUGUAUCUCCGCUUUCAUAUCUUAUCAAGAAGUUUAAAGAUGUGGCAAUUGAUUGCUCUCUUCCAUCUGAACUUGAAGAAAGUAUUAUUGUACAUGUAUCACACGUUGAGAGCGUGCACGAGUUUUAUAUUCAACCAGCUGCUUGGGAAGAGGAACUUUCAGAAAUGACAUACCGCUUAAAUGAUAUAUAUCCGCAACAAUACAAAUUCUUGAACUUGGUUCACGCUGAAGCAGGAAUGUUUUGUAUUGUGAAAUUUUCUGAAGAUAAAUGCUAUUAUAGAGCAAAAGUUAUUAGUGGAGGGCCUAAAAAAGCGACAAUUCAGUUUAUUGACUUUGGCAACUAUGAUGAAGUUUCUGUUUCUGAUUUAUUUGUGCUAGUUGACGGUUUAACAUCACGAUCACUUUGUAUAAAGUGCGCCCUCAAUGAUGUUAACGAGAAAAGCUCAACUGAAAAAUUCAUUAAUUUGACAAAAAAUAAAGCGUUAAGCUGUAAAUAUUAUCAGGGCUCUGAUUGUUUAAUCGUAGAUUUAUGGGAUCAACAAAUAUGCAUUAAUAAAGAGCUAUCUUCUGAUUAUUUACUAAGUGAUGAAGAAAUUACCUCUAUACAAGUUCAACCAUGCUCAUAUUUAAUAGAUUGUAGUAUGGAAAAGGAAGAGAUGACAAUGCUUCACGUUGACAGUCCUGAAGUAUUUUUUGUACUACCUAAACAUAGAGAAGAGCCCAGAAAAAAUUUGCAGCAAGAGUUAAAUGAGAUGUAUAAAGGUUAUGUGACAAACCUUCCUAAUCCUAGUAGUGGAAAGUUUUGCGUAGCAAGAGUUUAUGAUGACGAUUUGGAGGGUACGUGGUUUCGUGGCAAAAUUUUGGAAGUGAGAGAUGAUAAAUCAAGAGUACGUUUGCUCGACGAAGGCAAAGUUUAUAUUUGUUAUAACAAAAAUAUUAAGAUACUAAUUCCGUCGUUAGCAACAAAACCAUCAUGCGCCCUAGAGUGCCGUCUAACAAUUGGAAGAAAGUUUAAUCAGUCUUCAACACCUGAAGAAAAGAAAGAGUUAAUGAACUUAUAUCCCCCAAGAAAUGAUAAAGUUUAUGUAGUGUGUAAAAACAUGGCGAAUGAUCAAAUUAGAGUUGAUUUGUAUGAUAAAAAUAAUGAAAAGAUCGUAAUCGCAAGCUCUACUAAAUUAAGUCCAAGCGAUAUAAUAGAAGACAUCAAUAUCGAAUCGACCUGCAAAUUAAAUGACAGCGAAAAGUCUUCAACUAUCAAAACACUAUCAGACGAAGACGACGAACCGAAAAGAGAGAUAAGCGCUUACACUAAAAAAAAAAUGGAAUCUUUUCAGGAAUAUAUGGAAAAUUAUAGAAAAAGCAUGGAACAAGAAGAAGAAAAUUUAAUACAAGGUCCAAUACCGGAACAUGACCCAAUAAUAGGAGAAGUUGAUGCAUUGGUUUGUUCUGUCGAGAGCCCUACCGAAUUUUGGAUUCAUAUAAAAGAUGAGACACCUAAAUUAAGUGAAAUAGUUGAAAAAAUAAAUAGCUCCAUAGAAGAUUAUGAAGAAGUGGAAGAACCGGACGUCAACGCGUACUGUUUAGCUAAAUCCGGAGAAUUAAACGAAUGGCACAGAGGAAGGAUCAUAGAUGAAUAUACAGACGUUGUGGAUAUCUUUUUUGUUGAUUAUGGAAUCUUAGAGGUUGUCACCAAAAACAACUUAAGAAAAAUACCCUCUGAUAUAACAAAAACACCUUGUUUUGCUAUUCCUGCAACACUAUUUUCCAUAAGAGAACCUAUAAACGGUUGGUCAGAAACGCAAAUUGAGGAUUUUGAAAAGAAAACAUAUAAAAAAUCAGUAAUAUGUAAAGUAAUAACUGCAACUUUGCCUUUGGAAGUAAUUCUCGCUGUUGAUAACAACGUAAUUAAUAUAGAUUAUGUAAGAGCUGGACGAGCCGAAGAGGCAGCCAUUUUUGAUGAAACAAGAUAUGAAGGUAGAAUAAGUCAUUCCACUAAAUUCGGAGAUAUAUAUAUACAACUUUUGGAAGAUGAUGAUGAUCUGAUGAAAGUAUCAAGAUUAUUGAAAAAUGCUGAUAACUUUCCGAUUCCUGAAAAAAUAAUUAAAGAUAGUAUGGUAGCUGUUAAGAUGGCUGGUGAAUGGUAUAGGGCUAAAAUUAAAAAAACUGGCUCAACAAAUUAUGCCUACUUAGUUGAUUAUGGCCAAACUCUAAUUAUAGAAAAGUCUAAUAUCCGAUUGGUUGAUCAAGAUAUCUCAAAAAUUGAUCCACUAGUUAUUCGAUUUGAAAGUUAUCUUCCUAGUAUACCAAGGGAAGUAUAUGAUAAAUUGAUGGAAAUUGAUAGAGUCGAAGUACUUUUAGAAUCACCAAGGACAAUUUUUGUUAAAAAUGUUGAAUUAUCAGAAUAUCUAAAACAUAACGAUAAUGAAGAAACAGUGACUGACAUACAAGAUUCGGAAAGUGAUGGAACAAUCGAGAAUAUUUCAGCUAGACCAAGCAGUGACACAGAUAAAGAAACCAAAGAAGAUGAUAAUGAACCUUUUGAAUCAUCAGAAAACGACAAAGUUGUUGACCAAAGAGAUGAAUGUAAGACUGACUCGGAAAUUGAUAAAUCUUCACACAUUUCUAAUUCAACUACACAUCACGUGUUCAAAUCUACAAAAUUGCAAAAUACCGCAAUCGAAGCAGCAAGCAACUUAAAAGUUUUCAACAGUUUAUGUUCAAAACGUGGCGCAGAAAUAACUGUCGAAAUAGUUUCUGCUUUUAUGCCAUUCUAUUUCUUAGCAAGAUUAAUGGAAAUUCCUCCUGAGAUAGAAAAUUUGGAUGGAUCAAUCUUAAAUAAUAAGAAUGUAAGUGUGAAUACACCGUGCAUAGCAAAAACUUCCAAAGGUGUUUGGAUUCGGGUGAAGCUACUAAAAUGUCGACCAACGCGAUACCAAGCGUAUGCUAUAGACUAUGGUUACGUUUUUGAAGUUAAUCCAGGUGAUGUUAGGUCUAUUGAGAAGGAGAAAUAUGUAACAAUUCCAGCCCAGUCAUUUGUAUGCAAAUUAGCUGAUUGUGGCAAUAAUAUCAUCGUACAUAAGCAUUUAAACAUUUUGAAGCAGUGUAUAGUAAAAUUAAAAGUAGAAGAGUGGAUGAAUGACGAACCCGCUGAAGUUAUUAUAUAUGUCAAAGUAAAAAAUUCUUUUCGAAGUAUAAAUGCAGUUCUUAUCCAAGGUCAAAACAUAGAAUUAUUGUCACAUUCAGAAACGGAUUAUGCUGAAUUUGACUUUGAAUCUAGUAUCGUAUCAUCUGACGGUUACGACAACUGUUUAUCCGAUUCUUCAUUUUAA